UCCCGGUAAAAUUAGAAGCUAAAACUCAAUUGGUUUAUUUCCGGGACCAUUAUUUCAAUAGCAAUGAUAUAUUUACAAAAUGAGGUUGAAGAAAACGGACGCAAUUUUGGUUGUCUUUGCAGCCUUCUUUUGCAUUCCGAGUGAUUGUAAUGCAUGGAUGACGACCACUAGACCUAAGGACACAAGAGAUAUUUUUGUAUGCAACGCGCUUCAAGAGUUAAGUCACGAUGCCAAAGCAGGCUGGUGUGGGUCAAGAAAUGCGGAUUGCUGGGGACAGAACAACUGUUCGACUUGUAGAUGUACAUUAUCCUAUCCUACAAUCUUAGUUCGUGAGAAUUUGGAGAAUUCUACUUGCAUUACAAAUAAAGAGCUGCAGAUGAAAGCUGGAUGCAUGAUCACAGUAAAUGGUUACUCAGUCAUCGACCUUACAGCCGCAGGAGAACUAAAUAUGACCCUCCCUCCCUCCCUUAAUAAUGCAAGCACUUCUCUGCCAACUAUCGGAAUGGUUGCGUACCUGGACCGCGGAUCAUGGAUUCCAGUAGAAAGCUCUGUAUUUUCUAUAGAAAUACUCUCCAUUAAGUCCCUACUCCGCUUGAAGUGGGAUUCCUCUUCCAAGCUUCACGGUCUUAUUGUAAGGAUUGGAAUCACGUGCGGGCAACACAGCUCGUGCGUCGUGUUCAAAGCCAAAGGAUCAUACACUUUUUCAUUUUCCAGGCAAACUACAAGCAUGGUGGUUCAGCCAUCUUCGCAUCUUGUUCCCGUAACCUUAUCGUCUGGUAUCUUAUCUCUUACUCCAACAAAACCGCUCUCAGCUUCCUCUUUCUAUAUGCCACAGCAUACUCUACCGCCUUCAACAUCUAUCCUGCUGGCACCCGUGACGCCCUCGGCUACCACAUCGGCACCUCCGCCAUCCAGUAGCGUGGUGAUUCCGUCAACAGAGGGGCCUGUACAGGGCGCUAGCAGCUGCACUUGGUCUCUCUGCCACCCUCUCUACAUUGGCCUUGCUGCAGGAGGAGCCGUGUUUCUCGUCAUGCUUAUCGCUGGCUUAGCUGUGUUUAAAAGGAUGCGAAAGAGAAGGAUGAAAAGGCAAACUCAUAAACAAGAUCUCCUAUCGGAUGAAAAUACCAAAGUGGGGACUCCGGUAAAGGGGCACGACGAAUCAGAAAAUCUGAUAGUCAUGAACUCAUACACCACAUCGAGUCCACGAAAACACACACUUAGUGAGACAGAUAAAGAGACGCCCGACAUCGUCUACCAGAACAUGUCAUCGACGUCAUCGUACCAGCCUCUAAGGCAUUCCAAUGGCCAGGACAGCCCAGAAGCUUUGACGUUUCCUCAACCUACUUCAAGGCAUAUAACCAAACAAGCAGCCCCCAAGAGAUACGACUCUAGCAAAGACACGACUCAAUUACUAAACUCAAGAAGAAGUGACCCACCCAAGAUAGAUCCUAGAGAGGAAGCGAUAAUGGACGCACAGGCUAACACAAGUGACGUCUUUUAUGAGGUCAUGGAGAAUAAAACACUUCCGAGGGAAACUAACAUGGUCAAUAAUUCUGAGGAUCAGUGUGAUUCUCGUGGUCGAGCUAACAUCGGAUAUAGGGAGACAGAUGAGCCAGCCGAUUUGGUUUAUGAGGUGAUGGAGGACAAAGACAAAGAGGAGAACAUAGAAGAAGAUGUCUUCUAUGACAACAUGGACGGUCGAAACCCCCUCGGGUUGACUCCAGCAAAGACGGAAGGAAUUAGAAUGGCCACAAGUUUGAUUAACAAAGAACCAGAAUAUGACACAUUUAACAAUUUCGAAGAUCACCAGCUAAACUAUGAGAUAAUGGGUGAGGCGAUGCACAAUACUGAUGGUCCACAAUUCACUGAUGUACAAUUAAACUACGAGAUAAUGGACAAAGUAAAAGAUGAUGCAGAAACUCAUCCGAAUUACGAGAUCAUGUCUUCAGAUCUAACAGAUCAUUCAAACGCUGAUGAAGCCACACAUGAGCUAUAUGAAGUAAUGGGCGACAAGGAAGAGCAUGAUCAGAAUAUGUACGAUAUUGUACCCAACGAAGAUCCUGAAGAGCCUUCAGAAAUGUACGAAACAAUGAACCAAGAAGAUCAACCAGAAUACGACAUUCCGGUGAUCGUAGAGGACACGGAUUCGAGCUACGUUCCUGAUUUUGGAGAUAAUGCACAGUAUCAAGAUGAAAAUGGUGCAAACGGGGGUAAAAAAUCCUCAGCUGAUGAAGAGUACAUUUAUGCUGAUGUUCCGAAUACGGAAGGAAAAAACAUUCUGAAGCAGUUUCAGCAGAGAAAAAGCUGGCAACCAAUAAAUGCUGUCCCAGUACCAGCUGGUGCUAAAAGAAACAGUACAAAUUCGAUGCCAGCACAGUACAAUAUUGAUGGAAGUGAUGCACUGUAUACGUUGGCGAAAGAUACGCUGGUGCCAAAAUGUCUACCGAGCCUUCAAGGGAAACUCAAGGGUUCGACUUCAUUAUCUGAACUUACAAGAGAUCGUCUUGCCGUGAAACAAUCAUCUCCACGCACGAGGAGAGCAAACAAGUCUUUGCAGGCGCCUUUAAAGCCGCCAAGUUCCAGCCCAAGGCCUAGUAACACUCUACCUGGAUCAGCCUCAGGUGUUGAUUACUACGGUAAAAGUCUUCCUCCACUCCCCCAAGAGGAAGGCAUCCCUUUGAAGCCGGUGUGGCGAGGCGGUGACUCAGUGCCAGCCGAGAAUCAUAGUCUCGGCGACAAAAGUAAUAUUCAGUUUGACGAUUACUCAAAUAAAAGUCUCCCUCCACUUCCCAAAGAAAGCUGCCCUGGUCUUUCCUCGGAAAAGGGUACGUACCCAUGUCGGGGUAACAUGGCGUCGUUUUCCCCCGUUAACAGACCAAAAGGUGGUGGCAUCUUCCCAGAAGUUAUGUCUGAGAACCCUUCGCCAAGGGAUAAACGUACUCAACUUGAUAAUCCGGAAGGUGACGACAAGAAGUUACAGUCAAAAUCCCCUGCUCUCACUAGAAAAACAAAUCCUCUACAACAAUCAGCUCUUGGCGUUGACGGGCAAAGAAGCGACGGAGAAAUUAAAUCAAAGUCUUGCUCAAAUAUCAAACCGGAGAUCUCUAAACCCCGAGAUGGCAUCAAGCGUCCUGUAUCAGGUGACCCUAGAAGAUCAAACACCGAAAAAACGAAAGCUAUUCCAAUUUUAUCUGAAAACAAGCCGUGUAGUGAUGAUGUCCGUGGGGUUGACGAUGUGGUUUCGCGUUAUCCAUCGAGUGCCUCAGCAGAGACGGGUUGUGCUGUAUAUAUGAAUCUCCAAGAAAUUAAAAUGCAAAGAAUCCAAACUAGUGCAGGCGCGGCCUCUGUAGCGGAUGAGGAACUAUAUGAGAAUGUUCCAAGAAUAAAAAAUUGAAGACACAA